CCACUGUGAUGUAAGAAUGAGUGUCCUCUGUAUAAGACAGUGGACCAGCCUGUUGAAUUUGUCCAUAAGGACCAGGGAGCAGGUUAACGUUGACCUGUGGGACUCCUUGAUAGCUUUGUAUUUUGUUAGUUGACGGGGUUAUUGUACCUCACAACUUGUGUUCACCAGAUCACAGGGAUGGACAUCACUUCUAUUAAGAAGACUUUGGGCAGUCAGUAUAGGGUGGUUUUCUUUCUUGGACAGGGUUCAUAUGGCAGGGUGAGAUUGGCCUGGCACCGGAGAACGCAGGCCCUGGUUGCCAUCAAAACGGUAGAGAUCAGCAAGGACACCAUCAGGGGGAUCCUGUCUGAAAUGACCACAUUGGAGUCAUUGAACCAUCCGAAUAUAAUUUCUUUAUAUGAGGUCCUGAUCACAGGGACCGGAGUUCAUUUUAUAUUACAAUAUGCUCCAGGAGGCAACUUAGGAAAACUAAUAAGUGAGGAGGGCCCAUUGCCAGAAGAAAAGGCGAAGAAAAUGUUCGGACAGGUCGUAUCUGCCAUAAGAUAUUGCCAUAGCCUGGAUAUUGUCCAUCGCGACAUCAAGCCACAGAAUAUACUGAUAGAUGGAGAGGGCAAUAUUAAGCUGAUCGACUUUGGCCAGGCCAUCAAAUGCAAACCUGGUACAUUACUGAGUAGGCACUGUGGAACCAGGGACUUUAAUGCCCCAGAACUGGUAUUAAGGGAGCCAUAUGAUGGCAAGAGUUCUGAUGUGUGGAGUUUGGGGGUGGUGCUCUAUUUCUUUACCACUGGCUACUUACCCUUCAGAGGAAAGACCAUCAAUGAUGUUGAGGAAAGGAUUACAACAGGGACCUAUACCAUUCCUACUCACCUGUCUGGGCAACUCGAAAACCUGAUACAUCAAAUUCUGAGAGUUUCCCCAGGUAUGAGGCCCUCUGUAGAGGAAAUUGAAAAUCACCCAUGGAUCAAGAAAUGUGAGUUUAAAAUCCUGCCCAAGACUGACCCAGAUUACAAAAUUAUAGAAAUGCUCUGUGCAAUGGGGUAUAAAGCCAAGGACAUCUUGGAAUCCCUCCAAAAGAAAAGAUACGAUGAACCAAUGGGGGCAUAUUUGAGCUUAAAAGAUCAUGUAAGCAAAGGGUUUGAUGUUGGAUAUAUCACUCUAGCCAAGCCUGGGGAUCCAUGCCCUCCGCCACCCCCAUCACCAGCACAUCCCUCUGUCUUUGGCCUUCCUCUCAGGAGAAGGGCCAGUGAGCCCAUCUUUGGCCUCCACCACAGACCUCCCUCAAGAGAACAGAAUCCUCUUGACCUGAUUCUAUCAGGACUCAAGAUGAGCAGGUGUGUCUCCAUGCCUCCCAUUGCGGUAUACUAUCCUAAGAAGGAGAGAAGCACUUCUACCCGUGCCCUCCACUCAACACCUGUGGCUUGCCCGUGCGUCAGCAACAACAUGUCGGAAGUUGAAAUAAUCCUGCCACCUAAGCAAGACAUUGAGAUGAAUACGUCAUCUCCCCCUCAGAGGAUGGGAUGGUUUAAGAGACUCCGCAAAGGAAUCAGGGACUGUUUUUCAAGACUUUGCUGCCUCCCAAGGGCUCCAAAGAAAAAAACCCAGCAUAGAUCCUCCAAGAGAGUGGCCCCCCUGAAAAAGGCAGCAAGCAGUACCAUAUAAAAGCUUCCCUCCUGCAGAUAAUGGUGCAUUUGAGGCCAGGACAGUCAUGGACUCCUGAGUACAAGGAAAGUGGCUCAUUGUUGCUAAGGAUCCCAACUCAAAUUAGCAACACUGGACUGAAAACACAAACUAAAAUCCUCCUACCUGAGCAAGGUAUGCAGAAAAAAUGAGAGACUGCUGUUCUCAGGGACAAGUAUCCAUAUGGAAUCUAUAGUGAUGAUCUAUGCCUGGCAGAGGAACAAUGGUCAACUAUCUAAUGGGCCCCCUCAAAGUCUCCCUGCAGCUCAGAAGAACACCAAGGGCCUCAGCUCUGUCAUUCCUGUAUCACUGUGGAGCAUCUGCCAAGAAUGGACACCAGCAUCAGUAGACCAGGGAGAGACUGGUUCCCACACUUUAGUUCCGCACGCCCAAACAGUAAAACAACAUCCUAUCCCCUAAUGAGGUAUGUACAUAAUGACAGAGGAUUCUCCACACAAACUUGAUUCACAAGAACAGGGCCUCUUUGGUAGACACCCAAACCAUCUGAAACCAGGCAAGAAGACGUGAGCAGUAGCCUUCGAUCCCUGUACCUCAAGACCAAAUAACACUCAUUCUGAUAGGAUACAUGAGCUGGUCCUCGUUUAUCUUCAUUCCCCAAUUCCUUCUAUCUCCUAUCCGCAUGAAGACCUUUCCUUCCCAUGCUCUGAUCUGAAUCUUGUUCCGCAAUUCAUGGAACACAUUUGAAAAGUCGAUCUGGACCUCCAUGUCCUCAUUUGUCCGUAUGGACCUUCAGGAUGGACAGUCUCUGGAAGAUCCUGUGACAGCUGCAGGAUGGGCUGAGCAGCUGUGUUUGUCCAUAUCUACGGCAGAAGCACUUGAGCCAAUAGACUACCUAACAGUGCCAUUCUGCCCUUAACAAUAAUGUGAGGAUUCCCCUGUCUCCAUAUGAACCAACCUGCCUGCCCCAACACUGUGCUAAUGUCGCUGCGGGAACACUAAGGACAUGAGGACUAUGAGAGUAGGAUGCUCGGUGCAAAAAAAUGAGUUCCCUUUUAAUACUGACUAAGAUGCUCAGGCCUCAAAGGAGGUGGACUGCAAGGGUGAGAGCUGAGUGUUCCUUCUGGAUAUGAGUCAACACCAGCACGCAGGAAUCCACCAGGUUUGGAUGGACGAUGCAUCUGACCAGAAGAGGGGAGUAGUAAGUUUCUGGGGUACACUGAAAGAUCCCUCACUCUGUGUAAUUACCCAGGAAAUGAAAUAGUCUUGUCCAUGUGGACAUUGGUGCCCAAAUGAGAAAAAUAGUGUAUAUAUCCUGACCACUUAAAAGUCAUGCUUUUUCUGAGAGAACCUCUGAGCUCGAAAGACUGUGAAAUAGGAUGUCUGCCUGUACCAGAAUCUUUCCAGUGUAGAGAAUUUCAUCAGGAAGGAAGAGGCCCAGAGCAUGCACAUAUGUUGAACUCUUGAAGGGCACCCAGUUUGAAAGAGAACAUCAAAGGCCUGAAUCAGUGUGAAACAUGCUGUCUGCAAGUACUAGAACACUUCCUGAGAGCAAGGGACACUGCCAAACCACUAGAGCAAAAGUUAUGAUGGAUAAAGAGACAGGAGUUCUGGUGACCUGUAACCACAUCAGGAGCCCCAAGGGUCACCUCCUGCUAAACCAAACAUAACCUUUAUCAGUGAAGGUCACUCCCGAGAAACCCUGUUGAGAAACCCUGCAGACAGGAAAGCCAAGGAGGCCUCCUCCUUCCCAUUGUCAUUAUUUUCUAAGGGAGCUUGAACAGGUUAGCUCCUACAGACUUCUUAAACUGCCUGGAACACUCUGCUAAUUCUGUGUUCCCACACUCUUCAACUGAGUCAAGAGAAGAAAACAGAUAUUUGGAACUCUGAUCCAAUCAAAUUAAUAUUCUGGUGAUCAGAAGCCAAGACUGUACAGAGAUUUCUGAGGCCUCUCCAGGAAUUCUGUCCAGAAUCACGCUCUGGAGGACUUCAGUGUGCGAGAAUGUGAGUACGUUGGAUGGACUCUGGGGUCUAAGGAAUGAAGUUUGUCCUCAUUAGGACAAAAAGAUACAAGGGGAACGCCGGAGUACAUAUAGAACACAGGGUGCCAUGAUGUGGAGCCCGAAGACAAGGGAGGCUGCUGAACACUCUAAUGACUGUAUGAGUGAACUUGGACAUGAACAGUGUAGCUGGAUCUGUUUGCCUUCAGUUCAAGCUGCAAUGUUGUCACCAUCUCCUCUUUAAGCCCAUGUAUCCUUGACAAGGUUGUUCUGCCCUUCAAGCUCAUAUGAUGGUUGUGCAUGUAGGAGACCUAGCCUUCUGUCACCAAGGAAACAGAAAGCAGAGGAGGAAUGUGACCGUGGGAGGCUGCAGGCAAAAGUGAUGUGGGGCCACAACUGUACCUGGAAGCUACAUGGUACAAUCCCUGAGGCCCUGUUCAGACCUUCAUUCUAUUCUGGUGUCUUCCUAGUGACAGCCCUGCUAGCCAAUGACAACAACUUCUCCCUGAUCUUCCCCAGCCUUGCUUCCCAGUCCUGAGACUUGAAGAGCACAGAGGAGGGCCUCUGUAGGUCAGUCACUGGCUCUGGACCAUUGACCACUACCACUGCUUUUACUUGGGAUGGUGUUCAAAUUGUGGGAUGUCUGAGAAAGCUGGGUUCCACGUUUUUGCUAUGCAACCUGUUCCUCACGUCCUGGACUUUGCCGGCUCCAGUCCUCAGUUGCCAUUCAGUAAGCAUUGUGACGUGUCAGGCUCUCAGGAGAAGCCAGAUCCCAGUGGCAUUAGUGUGACAAACAAGCUGUGCCCAAGGAGCUGACACUCUGGCAGAGUCCAGGACAUCCAGGAAGACAGAGGUGGUGAGGAAAGUCUGCAUCAAAACAGAUAUCACCAACUAUGACUCUGACAUCCAAUGAAGCAGUUGAGGGCCAUGAUGCUUUUCUGACUGAGGCAACACAGCCUGGAGCUCAAAUCCCGAGGCUGUGCACCAAAGUCCUUCCCUGUUUGUCACUGGUGAGCAGAGUCUGACCUGAAAGUCUGGACCUGAUCUCUCAGUGAAGGCAAAACCGCUUGACCUCUGAUUUUGAACUGCAAUUGUUUUAAAAAUCUAUUUAUUUAGGUUGCUAUUGAUUUAAAAAUCUAGUUCAAUAUGGGAAAAAAUACACUUUUCAAUCUCCUGGAACAUUCUGUCUCAGAGAGGACCAUGUCUACACGUCAAAGGAAAGACCAGAUCCUGGUGCUUUCCCACAAGAAGUUGCUCAAUGUGGCUACCAGGCAGGCCAAACAUAAGCCUCUGUCUGCAGACAGGAGGGCACCAACAAUGUGUCAAGCAACCUCAUCUGCAUCGUCACAAGCAUCUGCAGUGUGGAUAUCUGGUCAACAUGGUCGUUUGACAGUUGUGGAGCCCCUCCCACCAAUAAAGGUGAAGAACCUGAAGGAUCUGAAGCUGUGCCAGUACAUGCUGGAGAAAUACUUGACUGGACUCGGGAGUAGGAGCCUAGGCAUUGGCCCACAGAUGUGCUGUUCUCCUUCUAUGGAUACCUGUCGCAACAACACAAUCUUCUCUGUCUACUGGAGUUGUCUUGGUUGUAGAUUUGGAGAUCCUCAAUGUCCCAGCUUAGUUCUCUAAUGUUAAGUCAUAUCGACUCUUAGCAUAGUACUUUAUUUGCCACUGUUCUUUCUACCUUUAUUUUGCCAGAAUUUUCUAUGGGUAAGUUAUUCCAUCUAUAACACUUUAUGAUGUGUAAGCCCACACGAGGGUAUCCAGAGCCCAUACACAAUGUGCUCUUAUUUACCUGUGAGAAGUCCAAGCCAGUAACCCCAAUCUUAACUCAGUGGUGAGAAGGAACUUAAAACUUAGAACAGGACUUGUUUUCAUUCCUUUCUUGUUAGUAUCAUUCACAACUUCUGUAGAAGUUGGGAGUCCAGAAAGCAAAGGGCAGGAUUUUCUCACAUGAUCUUGACCCAUGUUGGGUUUUCUGUCUUCCAUCUCCACCUUUAACAUUAAAUAUACCACAUCUCUCCAAAGGUCAUGCCUAUUCUAGUGUGCUGCACUCAGUGACGAAGUUGGACCAAGCGUCAAAAGAGUGAAGGCCAAGCUCUGACUGUGACAGAGAGUUUGAGAUAGACAACUGAUGCUUGGAAAAACACUUGACUUCUCGCUGGGACUUCCAUCUAUUGUAAAUAACCAACAACCUGUUCAAGGAUCAAUGUGCCUCUGAGAUGAGGACAACAAGGUAGAAGGGAGUCCACAGAAGGAAACGGGUCUGAGGGCUAACACCAUAACGCUUCCAAUUCUGUCUUCUAGGCAUCACUAACAAAUCUAUAUAGUCCUACCUCCCAGAAGAUGAGUGAAGGUGUUACAGUUAGGAUGACUGUUGACAUGAGGCUCUCAGAGGUUCUCCACAAAUCUGAAGGACAAAAUUGAGAUUGCCAUUCAUAUGGUCUUUCCAUAGUCUCCCCUUGCAAUCAGAAUGGACCAUCACUAUGGACCUCAUCUAUUAGAUGCAGGGCUGCUGCUGACACACUGGAUAGAGCACACACAAGCUCCCUGUCUGACUCCCUCAGCUCUUGCAUGUCUCCUUGGCUAUCAUUUCAGAGCUUCUGAUUCUUCAGACAUCAGCUUCUUGAUACUGAAGAGAUUGUUCUACUUGAUGAGCCCAGGCCUAGAAGAUGGACAGCAUCCAAGAAGCCUGGCCCAUCUAAGGCCAAGUCACAUCUUCAUGAAAUAUUGAAAAGCAUUUGUGCACAGGAUAAAGGUGCAAGGACCAAAGUCUCCUUAGACUUUCCAGCAUACAGAGGGUCUGACAGACUCAGGUCAAAGGUUGCGUCUGAAGCCUAGAUCAUGAAGAAGGCCCCACUCCACAGGAGAAGCCUGUGGCUGAUGCUGUUGCAACUAGGACUAUGAUUGUGAAACUUGUGUCUGUGGAUAGCAGAUUCACGAAUCUUGUGCCCAGGUAUCCACAGGCCUUUUUUCAUACAUUCCUUGGUAUAACUUUGCAAGUCCUGACUUUGGACGUGUCGGGUGCUGAUGGUAUCUCACUUGAUAUAUAGUACAAGAAAGAUUUUUACCCCUUUAAGGGGCUGGAAAUAGACUGGACUCACAGUUACCAUUAAAACUGAAGUUCUGUC